AUGGCUACUUGGGGCUUUGGAGCUACUCAAGGUGUUUUCCGAGAAUACUACUUCAAGACGCCUCCUUUCGAAGGAAAUCAGUUAGUAGCUUCCACAGGCCUACUAGUAGUCGUGAGUCAAGCAACAUUCAUGGAUUCCUUCUCAAGGACUCAGCAGAUACAGGGCCUUCUUCAAACGCUUCCGCCAUUGAUUCUCAAAAUCAUUUCAUCGAACCCUCAAUACAAGUUUCACAUGAUGUGGAGCGGGAUGGUUCUAGUCGUAGCAUCUUCUAUCGGUGCUGCUUUCUCGACAUCUGCGGUCCAGGUUAUUAUGACACAGGGACUCAUGUAUGGUUUAUCGAGCGGCCUGCUAUUUGCGCCGUGUCUCACAUUCGUGGACGAAUGGUUUCUAAAACGACGUGGUCUUGCCAAUGGCAUCUUCUUUGGCGCACCCAACAUUGCUGCCGCAGGUCUUUCGCCCAUAUUCUCCGUUCUUCUCAAGCGCUUUGGUCGUCGAACCACCCUCAUAGGAUGGACUUCAUUCGCAGCUGUCAUUAUUUCCCUUGGCAUCAUCUGCGUUCGCUCCCGAUGUGACAGCAAGGCGGAGGUAGCGGCAGCGUCUCAACAGCCGUACUCAAUGAAGAGAAUAUUCAAGAAGUCAACAUUCUGGUUGUUUGUCCUUUCUAUGACACUUCAAAGCCUGGCGAAUAACUUACCUGCCAACUACCUUCCCAGCUUUGCGACCGACCUUGGUGUUUCGCCUGAAAAGGGCGCUCUAUUGGUCACUUUCUUAUCGCUGUUUGGUAUCAUCGGUCAGAUAUCAAUCGGUGCCCUAACGGACGCGAUCGGGCCUUUGGUGCCCAUGCUGAUGAGUACCCUCGUCAGCAGUUUCGCCGUGUUCGUGGUUUGGGGUCUCGGCAAAUAUUACUGGAACAUGGUAGUCACAUCUAUACUGUUUGGUGCAUUUGCUUUCAGCUUUAUGGUCUUGCGCAGUCAUAUGGCUGCAGUAGUUGUUGACGACCCCAAUCGCCCAAGCGAGGAGUUGUUCGUGUCUGGAAUUCUUCUCUUCACCCGUGGUGUCAUUGGAGUUGCUUCGGGAUAUAUCGCUGCAGCUGUCCUGCAGAACAAUGACCAUAUUGGGGUUCAGCCCGGAUACGGUGCUGGGAAAUGGCGUGAUUUUAUCAUUCUUGUGGGAACUACGAUGACGGCAGCGACCGUUGGGGCGUUUGGUUUGUGGAAAAGAAGAAGAUGA